GUUCCAGGGAAGUUUGUGACCGGCUCCCAUCGUUUCUAAGCUUCUGCAAGCUCUUUGCCAGCUUCCACCAUCAACACCAACCCAGGCGGCGCAAUCUCACGACAGCGAGAGAAAUAGAAAGAAUAUCGUUCUCAGUUUGCGACUCACAACUGAUGGAACACCGAUAGAGCGGCUCCAUUGACUGCAUUCGAUACGAUCCAAUUCCGGCGCCCACUAGCGCGCCCGUUGCCCAACAUCAACGACACACACCUGUUACGUCCCGAUCGAUGAGCGCUUGAACCUCAACAUACGACGAUACUACGAAGCGAGAGCUAUCAUGCUCGCCAUGCCCUCCGCGACAACCCUCUUAAUAGGGCUGCUCGCCCUCCCUUCGGCCGUCCGCGCCGUCUUCAGAGAUGAAGUGGGCCAUAUUGACUACCACUACCAACUCCUCGGCCUUCCGAAAAGGGAAACAACCUUUUUCCACCGCCCCAGAAAAGACGAGCAAGGAAGCUUGCUUUACACAUUGAGUGAUGAGGGCGUGUUGGGGGCUGUAAACCCGGGUACUGGCGGGGUUGUCUGGAGGCAGUUUCUGGCGGGGGAUAGCAACAAUGAAACGGCAGUGGGAGAGGGGUUCGCCAGGGCGGGCGAGGGUGAGGGAUGGGUGGCUAGUGCUUAUGGAGGUGAGGUGCAUGCCUGGGACGCGGUGACGGGGAGGAAUACGUUCUGGGCGAGGUUUCCGGGGAAGGUCAAGGAUUUGGAGGUGAUGGAGAUGACGGAGGCGGAGAGGAAGGAUGUGCUGGUGCUUUUUGAGGAGGAGGAGAAGGGGGAGACAGUGUUGAGACGGUUGAAUGCGCUUAACGGGGAUGUGGUUUGGGAGUUCAGGGAGGUGACCAAGGACGUGCCGCUUCAAGUCAGCACGAAUGUCGAGAAGGUUUUCGUGGUAUUCUUGAAGGGGACCAAGGGGGCGUACAGCCUCAAGGUUACGACUCUGGAUACGCUUACUGGGAAGAGGCUCGAUGAGCUGGUUAUUGGGACUAAGGCGAACCUGAAUGACGAGGGAGAUAUCAUGCUUGUCGGCGCGAACUCGGCGGCUCCGAUUGUGGCUUGGACUGAUGCUGAGCAUACGGCUUUGAGGGUCAACGUUUUAGGUUUGAAGACGAGCCAGGAGUUUCCUUUAGUUGAGGGGACUGUUGAGGUUGAGAUUCACGCUCCUCAUCUGAUUCAGUCGCAGCCGCAUUUCUUGGUGCACAGCAAGACUGCGACUGGCAACAAGGGCGAGGUUUACCACAUCGACCUGAAGACUGGACAUAUCUCCAAGGCGUAUGAUCUGCCUCUGCUUCCAGGCAAGGGCGCUUUUGCAACUAGCUCGAUCUCAGCCAACGUGUACUUCACGCGUAUCACUGAGGAUGAGUUGAUUUUGGUCUCAUCCCAGUCUCACGGCGUUCUUGGACGCUGGCCCCUCAAGAACACCAACUCCAAGGUCGCUUCCAUUCAUGCAGUAUCUGAGGUGAUCAAGAAGGCUGGAGCUGAUGGCAGCUAUGCCGUUCGGUCUGCGGCCCUUACUGCCGAUGACGAGUGGGCUCUCGUUCGUAAUGGUGAGAUCGGAUGGACUCGCCCUGAAGGCCUUUCUGGAGGCGUUGCUGCUACCUUUGCUGAGAUCCCUGAGAGUGAAGAGCUGGCCAAGUCUCUCGAACAGGAGGCCCAUAGCAACCCGGUUCAAGCUUAUAUUCAUCGCGUCAAACGCCAUAUCAACGAUCUCCAGUACCUCCCUGCUUACCUCAACAACGUGCCCACGAGGUUGAUUAGCAGCAUCGCCGGCACCGAUGUCACUUCUUCGGCUGGAAAGCUGUCGCGCGACAGCUUUGGCUUCCACAAGCUGGUCAUUCUUGCCACCAAGCGCGGUAUGGUUUACGGGCUUGAUAUUGGUAACUCUGGCGCUGCUGUCUGGCAAAAGAGGGCAUUCCAGAUUUCCAAGGGCCAGAAGUGGGAUGUCAAGGGAAUCCUGGUCAACGAGUCAUCGGGCGAGGUCACAAUCCUCGGUGCUCACAAUGACUUUGUGGUCUUGAAGACCGAGACGGGUCAAGUUAUCAGCGCUAAGGCGCCCAGCUCCGAAGCAACAACUCAGAGCACUGCUCUCAUUGACACCGCUUCUGGCCCACGUCUCCUACGCAUUGGCCUAGACGGCAAGAUUGGUGAUCUCCCUGUUGAUAAGGCUCCGAAGCAGACUGUUGUCACUCGUGGUGCCGAUGGCGAACUGAAGGGUGUCGUCUUCAUUCCUGAUGGUACCACCGCUCAUGAAUCUACGUCUUGGAUCUUCUCCUUGCCUGAGAAUCAGCGCGUCGUCAGCAUCGCUACCAGGCCCUCACACGAUGCUGUUGCUUCGAUUGGCCGCGUUCUGGGCGACCGCACAGUCAAGUACAAGUACUUGAACCCGAACACUAUUGUUGUUGCCGCCAUCGACGACAAGACCUGGACCCUCACUGUCUACCUUCUUGACACUGUGUCUGGCCAAAUCCUUUCCUCGGCCAAGUACAACGGUGUCGACCCCACUAAGCCGGUCGAGUGCGCCAUGGCUGAGAACUGGUUCGUCUGCUCGUUCUUUGGGCAGUACACACUGCGUGAUAACUCGGCUCAGUCUCUCAAAGGCUACCAGAUUGCUGUUUCGGAUCUCUACGAAAGCGAGGAGGCUAAUGACCGCGGCCCGCUUGGUGAUGCCUCGACCUUCUCCUCCCUCGACCCUGUCGAUGUCCCCACUGGUGUCGCCCUGCCUUCGGUAGUUUCCCAGACUUACAUCAUGGGCGCUCCUGUCUCGGCCCUGCAGGUCUCGCAGACCAGGCAAGGGAUUACCACUCGCCAUAUCCUCGCCUACCUGCCCGAGAACCAUGGUAUCAUGGGCAUCCCAAGAAUGCUCCUCGAGCCUCGCCGUCCUGUGGGUCGGGAUGCUACGCAUGCUGAGAUCGAGGAGGGUUUGUUCAGAUACCAUCCCGCGAUUGAGAUCGACCCCAAGAGCGUUAUCACGCACGAGAGGGAUAUCGUUGGUAUCAAGAAAAUUAUUACGUCGCCGGCUAUUGUUGAAAGCACCAGUCUCGUGUUUGCCUAUGGUGUGGAUAUUUUCGGCACAAGAGUCACUCCUAGCUUCUUGUUUGAUAUCCUUGGGAAGGGUUUCAACAAGGUGUCGCUUGUGUCGACGGUGUUGGCGUUGUUUGUUGGUGUGACUAUGUUGGGCCCUAUGGUGAGGAAAAAGCAGAUCAACUUGAGGUGGAGUGCGCCGAUGUAGAUGGGACGAUAAAAGGGGUUUGUAUAUGUACAAGAGGAUCGGGAAUGGGGGGAUAGAUACAUAUGUUAAAUUUAAUUGAUGGCUGUUAUGACAUUCCUUUGGCUAUUUGGAGUGUCGUUACUCUAGGCUUUUUGGUUGGAAAAUCUCAACCAGACGCUGAAUCUGUGCCGUGGCUUCUAGUUCAAGCAUCCUUGACACCAGGUUGGACGGCUACUCUGACGAUGCUAAUACUAAAUAAUAUGGAUUUUGA